AUGUCAAAAUUUUUGACUGUGACAUUAAAAAGGAAGACGUUUAGUCAGGGCCGCGCUUUUGCCUUUGUUCUGUAUUUAAACACUGAUUGGGCAGUAGAAGAUGGAGGCGAUCUUUGUCUUUAUAAUUGUGAUCAAACUACAAAAUUUCCUGAAAAGAUAAUCAAAAGAAUUAGACCUAUAGAGAAUAGUUUCAGCCUUUUCCGUGUCCAAAACAAUUCCUGGCAUUCUGUCUCUGAAGUAUUAAGUGAAGGAAAAGAACGUUUAUCACUCAAUGGAUGGUUUCAUUACCCUGAAGAUGUGGAAGUUUUGUUUGUUGGGGAUUCUCCUGUUCAAGAAGAGCCUAUUUUACGUACUAAACCUUCUAUGGAUACAACGCUCUCUGAAGUAACAUCUUGGUUAAAUAACAAUUAUGUAAGUCCUGGCCAACACAAAAAUAUUAAACGAAUAUUUGCACACAAAUCACAACUUUCUCUUCGACAUUUUCUCAAUACAGACAAAUACAAUUCUGCUUUACAAGAAUUAGAAACAGCUUCAUUUACUUGUAUUGGCCCUCCAAAUAAAAAAAAUGUUUGGAGACUUGUAGAAUCUCAACUUGAAGAAAAUUCUCAUUUAAAAAGUUUAUUACGUGUUUUUCGUUCAGAAGCAAUUACUUUACUUUUAACACAAUGGACAGGUUUACAUUUACACGAAAUUAGAAAAGGAGGAGCAAUAAAUGAAGGGAAUAAUGGAGAAGGAGAAGGAGAUGAGGUGACAACAACUACAAGUGAUAAUGGACCGCCUUUAAAGAAGCCAAAAAUAAAUUCGAAAGAAGAAAUUAAUAGAGGUUUAGUUAAAGUUUUUUUUUGUAUAAAUAUUUUUGGGGAAAUUUAUUUAAAAUUUUAAAUUAUUUGGAAUUGGGAGUCCGGAAUUGAGAGUCCGUCAAUAUUCGUUUUUGAAAAAUCGUGUCUUUUAACUUCCAUUUUAUUUUUGGAUCCACAGCCCUCAGAUGUACGAAAUUACGUAAUUUACACAUUCUUAUUGUUAGUUG